UACAUUAACGACGCUAAACUUACAAAGUGAAACUUUUUUAAUACUAAAAACAACACAAACGACUCACAAUCCACAAUCUAUUCGAAGUACAAACUCGAAAAGCCAAAACAGGCCAAGAAGCCAAAACAACGCGACUUCGACACCUGUUUGCUUGCAUUCCUGAGCCUGAGCAUGAACGUGACUGUGUUUGUGUGUUAGUGUUUAUUUUUGUGAGUGUAUGCGUGCGUUGUGAUAGCUGUGUGUUAAUGUGUGCAGAAUAGGGACAUGCAAACUGAAUUAAUUUUUUAAACCGCUUUUAAACAAUAAACAAUUAGUUUGCCCACUGUUGCAAUUGCAGCAUUUAGCAGCCAUUCCCGCCGUUCACCGCCGCGUCGCGCCUGCGCAAGAAGCAAACAGCAAAACAGCCAACAACAACAACAGCACAACGUAAACACAAAUACACGAAAACCGGUUAAUGUGAGACGCACACCUUACUCACACAUUCGUGUGUACAAACCUAUACAAAAUACUUACUGUGUCGGUUUUGUUUGCUUUUGCUUGGAAAAUAGAAAUAGAAGGAAAUACGUGCACAAAGCAAAACAACACGAAGAAGAAAAAAAUCAAUUUCAAGUGGGAAAAAGUGUGAACAAUAAAAAAAAGAUAUAAAAAGAAAACAAAUCGGCAAUUUAAGCAUAAUACAAAAUUAUUAUUGAUUGUGCUGUGUGCGGAAAUUGGGCCCCAAAUGUUUGCUUAAGGGUUAAGUACACAACGAGAGUCUUAUCGCUAUAACCAAAUCGAUUGGCGCAUUGAAACGAAAGUGAAUUAAAGCCACAAAUAAUUGUAACAGUAAUUACCGAACCAGUUUCGGACCAGAGUUCGGACGUUAUCACAAACGCGCAGUCACUUGUUGAUUAAAUUGACGCACGCAACCGCAGCAAUUUGCUUGUACUAUAACAUGUCACAAACUAAUAGUUAUUAAGCGGCAACUCAAACAACAACAGCAACAACAACAGGCGUAAUGGCAGCCAGAAACAAUAAUAACAACAGUGGGAUGACGAGUCCAAGGGAUCCUUUGGAGGGUCACGAUGAGGUUGACUUUAUAUUGACGGCCACGCACAACAACAACAACGAUUACGAUGAUUUGAGCGUCGCCAGCGGAGCAAUAAUUAGCGCCAAAGCAACAGCAGCAGCAACAGUUACACCAAACAAUGAACCAAAUGUCACCAGCAACAACAACAGUCUUAAAAAAUCAAAGGAACGUCGAACGCUUUUCAAUUUCGGAAGCAAGAAAUCGAGCACAAGCAGCAAGUCACAAAGUGUUGCAACUGGCGCUGAGUCAGCCGUCGCAGUCGCAGUGGCAGUUGCCCCAUCCAGGGGCAGUCUGUUGUUGCCACCAACGCCGCCAGUUCCAAUUGGAACACCGCCGAGGCAGCACAAGUUCGUGAAGAGCAGCAGCAUCGCCCGUCUGCUGGGAAACACUUACAAUGCCCGGAAAUUUGAGCGGCAGGAACAGAAGCGUCUGGCGAAUGAGGCAAGUGGCAAGUUCCACACGUUCAACGGUCGCCAGCGUGGAGCUGGUCCGUAUCUGGAGCGUUUCAAGCGAAUGUCCAAGGAGGAUGGAGACAUUGCCGGCAGCGAUGAAACGGUGCAAGUCACGAAUGUGAUGACCCUGACAACGGACUCAAGGGACCUGCAGUACGGCAGUCGGCAGGAGCAUGUGGGACGCAGUGAGGAUCAGCUGAGUGCCAAGGCGAUGCGCACGUUGACCCGCGGAUUGGGCAAGCUCUGGUGGAAGCGAACACACAGCGUCGACAUAAGCACACCAGAUCCCGAGUACAAGGUGUCCUACUUGGGCAAUGUUCUCACUGGCUGGGCCAAGGCAGGCGAGGGCUGCGUGGAGAAGCAACUGAAUACCCUGUGGAGGAACUACACGCAGCAUACCAAGCCGGAUGUCAUAAUGCGGGUUAAGGUGUGUGCUUCCGGAUUGAAGGCAACCACAAGACAGCACGGCCUCACAGAGUAUUGGGCAAAUCGAAUCACCUACUGCUGUGCGCCCAAGAACUAUCCACGUGUCUUCUGCUGGAUCUACAGGCACGAGGGUAGAAAGCUGAAGCACGAGCUGCGGUGUCAUGCCGUGCUCUGCAGCAAGGAGAAGAUUGCCCAGGACAUUUGUGAAACCCUAAAAGAUAAUCUUGAGAGCGCAUUGCGUGAAUUUAAGCGAGAGAAAAUUCUUAAACAAAAUGCACGUCUCAGUCUGGCGAAUGCUGUCUACGACAAUCCCAGCCUGCCCAGACGCAAGAUCAUGCUCAGCGUGGGCGGCAACAACUAUAGACCGCCCCUGGAACGGUCCAAAUCGGCACCCAAGUUGAUGGCCAUCGAGGAAGCCAUUGGCGAGGAGGAGGGCGAUGAGAUUGAGGAUACAAAUGAGCCCGAAAUGAAACCAUGUUGCCAGCGAGACUCACUGUAUCCGGCAAUGACGCUGGGCCGGCGACGUUGUCGGCGUGGUCAUUCCAUACGGCGCACGGGCAAAAUUCCAGUGGCGGCUACCUGCUGCUCUCAUCAAACGGAAUCCACUCUCGAACCGGAGAAGCAGCCCGGAAGCACAGUUUCUACAGCAUCGGGUAAUGAUGGCUCCGACUCGGAUGAGUUUGAGCUGAAGUUCGACACGACGCUGAGCACCGAGUUGCUGCCUUACUUUGACAUGCAACUGCAUAAGAACAGCAGUCAGAGCCUGGGCAGUCUAAGUGAACUGCAGGUGGAGUCCGUUGAACUUGAGGAAGUGGAUGAGGUUGAGGUUGAGAUUGAGGCUGAGGAUGGGGAUGAGGAGGAACCGCUUAGUCUACUGCCCACGAUCAACAGCGAUCCCAGUGCUGAUCCGGAGGCGGACUACGACAGCGAGCAUGUCGUACAUCUACGUCGCAAUGGUGUCUGCAGCGACGGCGAGGAGGACUACCUGGACGAUGCGGAUGAUCAUUACUUUCGCCAGGCAGCCAUGCUCACCAUGCUGCACCGCAGCUCGAUGCGAAAGAGGAACAGUGAUCAGGCCAGCCUGCAGUACCGGCAUCAGGCGCAGUCAUCCAUCUCGUCCAAUGCCUCCAGCUCAACGACAGCCAGCGGAACGGCAAUGCAGGGUGUCGGUGGAGGGGCGGGGACACAGCAGUGCCUGGCGAGUCCGGACAGCGACGAGGGCUCCAUUUCCAGUGGCUGUGAGACGGCGAGCACUGUCACCAAUGCCAACCAGGAGGAGUACAAUAAAUCGCAGAGCAACAACGUGCAGCAUCAGGUGCUCGAACAAAUAUUGAUCUACCAAAGACUGGAGGAGUCGAUGCGCAGGCAGCAGUUGCGCCACAACAGCGACGCCACCAACUACAGCAGCUCCAGCAGCAUCACCCUUAAGCUAAACUCCUCCUCAUCUCCCGCCGACUCCCUCAGCGGCCUCGAAGUCUCCGAUCCUCAGAAGCCCGUUGAUGCCGGCGCCGUUUCGGAUGAUGACUCCGAGUGCAGCGAUGAAAGCGGCUAUGUGGAGUUCCAGGAAAAGGAGCGCGUCCAAGCGAGUGCUGAUGGCAUUGUGGGCGUCGUGGCGCCAGUCAAGCCACAAUUGCCACCGAAGCCAGCACCACGUCGCUCCCUCAACGGGGCAUCAGCAAAGGGCAUAGGAAUAGGAAUGGGCAUAACAACUGGAACGGGAACGGGAACAGGAACAGGAACGCCAGUCUAACAGUCGGCGCCGCCCGAAAGUAUGCUUUAAAAUAAAGAAGUUUCCCCUUCACUUUGUUAUUUCUGCGCACACGUCAGCAAACAAAGCAAGAAAAGUGCAAGAAAUUGAUUUAAUUAAAUUGUAGUCGUAGCCUUAGUUUAAUUGUUAAGCUAUUUAGGGCAUUUAUAAGUCAUCUGUUGUUGGUCCAUCAUGCAAGGAAAUAACCUAACGAUAUUAUUGUGUAAAUGUUACUUUUUUGCACAAAUCAUUUAUAUAUACAAUUACAUUUACAUUUAUAUGUCACGUUUUGAAUUCCACUUUAAACUUAACUCUGUAGAAAUGUAUUUCUUGUGGAAUUCAGUCGAAAGUGGAGUCCAAAACAGACCGAUAUACACAUACAUAUUUGUUUUGUUUAGAUGUCCCCAAAUAUGCACACUAAUUUGUUUGUUUUCAUCGGGCUCCCCUGCACUUGUCCUGAAGCGAAUUUAUAUGAUAUGCAAUGUAAAUAAUGUAUGUACUAUAUGUAACCCAUGAAUUGUAUCUUAUCUACUUAUAUAAAUUAUUAUUGUAUUAAAAUAUACCCAACAAAAGCAACGAA